GCAUCACACCGCACCCAUCGAAUCGAAUGGAACCGAACCGAUCGAUCAUGGAGCGCCGUUCCCUCGCGCUCGGAUGCCGAUCCGCCCUCCCACCGCUGGUGGCGAUGGCGGUGGCCUGGUAUGCCUGCUCGCCGUCGCCCGGGGGCGGCGAAAACCAAGCGGCGGCGCUGGCCCGCUGGUCCUUUUGGCUGGCGGCGGAGGCCUCCAAGAGGUACAUGGAGGUCCUCGAGGACUGGCCCGUCGCCACCAAGGCCCUGACGACCGGCGUGAUACAGCUCAUGGGCGACGGAAUGGCGCAGUGGUUCGAGCAGAGGGGGGAGCGGGCGGAAACGAAGACAGAGACAAAGACGGAAACCCCGGGCAACCGCAGGCGGUACGACUCCCGGAGGGGCGCCUCGCUCUUCGCAGAGGGCCUCUUGCUCUCGGGCCCGCUGCUGCACUACUGCUAUGAGUCCAUGGAGGAGGCCUGGCCCACCUCGACCGUGGACGCCGCGCCGAGGCCGCUGGCCACGCUCUGCCACGUCUUUGUCAACGACUACUUCAUCGACAGCGCCUACAUUGCUUUUUCCAUUGCCUUUACCGCGAUCGGGGAGGGCCACACCAUGGGGGAGGUCGGGGAGAUCUUUUCCAAGGACUACUGGGACACCCUCAAGGCGAGCUGGGCGACGAGCGCCUGCCUCCUGCCGUUGGAGAUCUACUGCUUCGGCUUUCUGUCCCUGUCGCUCCGGGUGCUGGCCAUGAAUUUCGUCGACCUGCUGUGGGGGGCCGUGGUGAGCUUUUAUUCCCAUCGCAGCCGGAGAGAGGCCGCGGGCUAGCGAGCCGAUGCGAUGGAAUUGAAACGAAGCGAAACGAAACGAAUCGAAUCGAAUCGAACACAGGAUGAGAAAGGAUCGGUGACGGGGGUCCCCGAUUACGGUUCCAGAACAAAGGACGCGGGGCGCGGAUUUCCACCGUCGGAUUGCCGCCGGGGGCGGUCUUUCUCUUUCCCGGCCACCCCAACCCGUUUUCUGCAGGUGGCACGUCCUUUCCAUCGGUGCUGCCCGCCGCUGCCGUGCUAAGAGGUGGAAUGCGAAUGCAAAUGCGAGCCCGCACGGAAGGGCAAAGAGGCCCACCCUUUUCGAACCAGCGCUGCGGCGUGGGAUUCACUGCGGGAUAGGGCCGCUCGCGGAGCCGAGGUCGGCUGAUGCGGUGGGCACUGCAACGGAGUGCAUCGAUCGCCGUGCGAUUGCCUCGGCUUGGUUGCGUUUCUCUGGUGUUCGUGUGCGUACCGUGCGAGAAGCCGGUGGCUAUGGUAUUUUUGUUUCCAGACGAUGCCCCUCUUUAUCUCGGUGUUUCUUCUUUUUUGCUUCGAAUCAUCACGUGCUGUGAACCAUUCCCUCGAAUUUUUGGCAUGCGGUAGUGAAUACAGCUGAAAACCGUCGCCCUUUGUGAUGCCGUGAACACCGCCGAUCUCUUCCGGGAAGAGGGCGUGUCGCUGGUGUUUUGGUUCCACCGCAGCCGGCGAGAAGCCACGGCACGAGCCAAACAAAGGGCAGUGCGGACCAAUGGAGCAAACGAGGGAACGUUUGUCACCGUGGAAAUACAGGAAAACAAACGACGAAAGAUUGCAUCCCAUGCAUCGGUCGGUAUCAACCAACAAACGAGAAUGAAAUGUUCGCCAUCCAGGCAAACAAAAUCAACCAGACCGCAUGGCACUGCUAUUCAUUCCCAAAAAUCAGAGAAUAAUCAGUUAUUGAUGUGAAGAAACAUCAAUAAAUUUGUGGAGGAGAAGAAGGAAUUGAAAUUUCAUGGCAAAUUUAGCAUUGGAUAUGAAAGAAGAUGGCCCAAAAUUCAUGCACUGUGUUAAUUGCAAAUGCAAAUUAAGUGAAGGUCAACUCAUUCUAACAGAGAUCUUGCAACAAGACAGAAUCAGAUGUAGCAAAUGAGUGACGUCUACCACCAAUACACUCACCACUGUUUACUAACAAUGCGGCCAAAUUUUGAGUGAUAGUUUUCUAUAAACCGUAUAUUUUACAUCCAUUUGUGAUAGAUAGUGCAACCCAGCAGAAAAAAGCAAAAAGUUGGCCAGAAACCAAGCUUGUUUUACCCGCAAAGGUGUUAAUUGGAGUACCUGGUACUGUACUUCGGUACAAAAGAAGCGCGUUUUUUUAUUUUAUUAACCACCGAAGUAGAGACUGUCCACCGAAGGAAUUUUGGUCGCAAGUGCACGUGAUCCUCCAGACGGUACAGGCACCGAUUAGCACUUUUUCUGGAGGUAGUCGGAUACCCAGCUGGCGUCCCUAAGAUCGUAAAGGCACGUUUCAUCGGAUUCUGUUUUCGGAUGUGUCGGAACGCAAGAUUCGGCCGCCGGAAAUGAAAAGGGCUCCUGCGAAAGGUCGUUCUUGUAAAACUGGCCAUCCCCAACGUUAAAGUUAUGGUUCCCCGGGAACGUGGUGGUAAGCAAGAAUUUCGCCCCGGAUUUGAAGACGUUGCAAAAGUACUUCACACCUAGAUCUAGGUUCAUGU